AUGGACGCAAAUGCAAACACCACAGCCCCUGCGGGGGGAGACAGCGGCAGCGGUGGUUCGGACACCAUCAACUGGGUCGCCCUUGUCGUGUCCUUGGUAGCUCUCGCGGGCACCAUCGCUCAAGUCCUCCAGCAAUACAUUGCCUCCGCCGCCGGCUACUCCAACUGCGGCGAGAGCGUCAUGGGCAAGUGGCACGAGACCAAGAAGCGCGUAUUCCGCCCGACCGAGCUGCGGUUCGAAGUGCAAUUCCAGACGCCCGUCAUCUUCGUGUGCCCGCCAAGCAACACCCGGGGACCCCUCAAGGGCAAGCCCAUACACUUCGUCGACGGCUCGCCGGAGAGCCUAAAACAGACGAGGACAUUGCUACCAAUGGAAGAGCAGCAGAAGCUGCAGUCGCUACAAGAAAGCAACAUCCACACAGCCGACAACGAGCGGGCGUCAUGGGUAACUCUGCUUUCAGAGUUGCAGAAAAUGGAACGGGACAGCCAGGACUGGCAGCAACGGCACUACAAGACCAGCCCGCCGCAGGCGCUCUCCAUUGUCGACUUCAAAAGCCACACGCUCGCGGUUGCCGUGCAGGCCAAGCCACGGAGCUGGGACACGAUGCCGAGCGGCGUCAUGAAGCCGUACGCGACGACGACCAUGUGUCACCUGCUCGAGAUUGCCGCCAUGAUGGGCAUAUACUGGAAGGAGUUUGACCGAUCCAAGGACCGGUACCGGGCCGAAGGCAACGGAUACGUGCUCAUCGGCAACCAAAUCCCCGAGCUCGGCGUCAUGUUCACCUUCCAGCCCUACGGCAAGAGCAGGUUCGAAGAGAACCGGGUGAUUCCCGUCGACGAGGUCAAGGAUCUGUGCUGCGGCUUCGCCCCGACGCUGUUCGAGCAGAACAAAGACCGGCGCCGGAUCGAGUUCCCCAACGAGGACCCCAAGGAUCUCAGCGCCCUCCAUCUCGGCAGCAUGGACGAAAUUGCCGAAACAAUGGUGCUGAUUGACUGCAACACGGAUACCGCCAACUACUUUCGCUCCAAAACCGCCAAACACGGCCAUCUCUUUCCGGUCCCCUUUGAGCUCCUCGGGAUGCUGGGCAAGACGCUGCACAUACGAGACAGCGCCUUCCGCAUGCUGCCCAACCCGACGCCGUACCACUGGGACAAGAACUUCUUCAACCUCCGGCGGCUGAUCAAAGAAUACCGUAACAAAAUCAGAGACUCCGAAAACGACCUCAUCAACAUCCCGCAUGUCCAAAAACUAACUGAAGAUGCCGAAAUGCUCGUACAAACCCUCAAUGAAGACAAAAACUCCCAAACACCCGGCUACUCCAUGCCAUUACUCAACGCUCUGCACGACGUUCUCGACCGAUGCGACGACUAUCUCAAACAACCCGACCGAGACCUCGUCCGCAUCGUACUCCGCGAGCACUUCCAAGAGGUUCUCAGGCUAGUCAACGACAAGGGCGACGGGGAUUCAGCCGGCAGGGGCAGCAGCAGCAUCAAAACCGCCGGGCAGCGGGCCGAGCAUUUCGGCGAGCUUACCGCCGCCAGUCCGGAACUGCGCCAGGAAGCCUUCAUGGAGCUCUACUUCUUCAAGGUCCUUGGCCGUGUCAGGCGGCAAGCCGUGAUGUCGUACGAGCGGCGGCAGACGACGCAGUAUGCCCCAUCGAUCCACUCAGACGAUCCCUCAGACGAGAGUAUUGAGGGCGAGAAGCCCUUCUCCUCGAGAACAUCCACGCCUUCCCAAUCACGGCCGCUCUCCCCGAGCUCGGCUCCUCCGGAGCUAAAAGCGCACGGGAGCAGCCAGUCGGCGCCGCAGCUGUACAUCCAGAAGCCCGGCGGCUCGUCGCAUCAGUUCCUCAGCGCGGAGCGUGACAUCACCACUGAGCUGGAUGAGCAGGCCUCGGCCAUCUGGUGCACCCUCGUCCUGCGCAUGCUGUGCUGGCUGCUGCUGCACGAUUUUAACAAGAAGGAUGUGCAGAUCUCAAAGAGCGAGCUGCGAGGCAGUCGGUUGCCGGUGUAUAUUGCUUGA